AUGGCCAAGCUCGGCCCUCUGGGAGAUAUUGGGAGGAAAUGGAGCUGGGCCCCCAAGGAUGACAGUCUGCAGCGACCCGAUGAUGAUGAGCAAGAUAGGGCUCACAUCCCCAUCCGAAGAGACAAUCACGCCGGCGAUGACACCACGUCUGACUCGGUUGUCUCCUCUACUGCCGGGCGUCGCCUAUCCAAGACACGCCGACACAUCGAGGCGAGGAAGGAGGUACGGCGCCAGAGAAGAAACCUGAAAGAGAGUGGAGAUUAUCUCGGAGUGCAGGGUGUCAAUCCAGAGACAGGCCAGUUGGAUGUUUUGACUCCGACAGAGAGCGACAGGAGCAGCACCAGCCAGGACACAUUGCAGAAGCUCAACAUCCUGCGCAACACAUUCAGGAGUAGCCGUCACUCAUACAGGACACCCGUAUCCCAGGGCAAUAAAGAGGUGGAACAAGGCUCCCUCGGAGGACAGAAGAACAAGCUGCGUGGUCUUGAAGGGAGCCCAAAUGAGCUCAAGGAUGCCAGUAGAACCGUCAGAUGGAGAAGACAUACAAAGCAGUGGUCUUCGGCACAGGAACCGGACCUGAGUCCCAUUGUUCAGUCUCAAGUGAGCAGCAUCGACAGCGCCGGUAAGUCAAGGCUGGGCGUGAGCGUUGCUGAUAUCGCUCUAACCCUGCUAUCCAGACCGGCGGUCCCGGUGCAUCGACACUAUCCACGGUGCAGAUUACAAUACUACCAGGCUCAUAGACUUGGCAUAUCCCACGCAAAGUGCACGUUUGGGUACUCAAGAGGGCUUGGGACAGGCAAUCAAUGA